ACCUUGUUUUAGUUUUGCAGACAUGUCAUUGUCCUAAGCGGAGCUGAAAAAGUUUACUACCAAAAUGUCGUCAAAAAGGCACAAGAAGAAACAAGAGGUUUGUGAAUCCAUAGAAGAAAACGUUGUCCUUAGUAAUUAUGCUGGAAGUUCUCAAGCAUUAUGUUCCAGGGACUUCGAUAGAAAAAGUAGCCACAGCCUGGCAAGCAUCUUGGCUACUCUGCCACGGAGCCACCGACAUGUUUCCAUGUCCAGGUCUAAUUCAUUGAUUGAAUCAUCAGGAACUGGACCCCACAGGCGAUUACUGGUUAUCGUCAAGCAGGAUAACGAAGCCUUUGGAUUUGAAAUACAGACUUACAAACUUCAACAUCAAAAUGCGUAUGCCUUCGAAAUGUGUACAUACGUCUGCAAAGUACAUGACAACAGCCCCUCCAGCUGUGCUGGACUGAGAAAAGGUGACAUGCUGACUAAUAUCAAUGGCAUAAGUACAGAAGGCUUUACUCACCAGCAGACUGUCGAUUUAAUCCGCUCAUCAGGAAAUUAUCUCAGAAUUGAGACAGUGAAUGGGAUAAAGAUUAGAAGAACAGAACUCGAAGCCAGGCUGAUGUUUUUAAAGCAUGAAUUUAAUGAGAAAUGGGGCGAAUUGCAGACUCUAUCCAGAAAAGAACAACAGCUGAUUUAUGGAACAGUAAAUGAAGCAAGAGUUGAAGAACAAUUGGAAUCCCUUCGUUUGGAAUUUUUUCCAAGCCACACUCAAUCACCAAAGUCUUUCUUGAAUAAACACAGAUUCUCAAGCGGAAGUAGUUACGCAAGUCACUUGAGUUUAAUGACUGACUGCAGCGAAGACGGGUUUGGUCAGACAUCUGUGUUUGAUGAAGAUUCAGGCAGUGAAGCUUUCAGCCGUCAGUCAAGUAUAGACGAUGACUACUCCAGUGUCAAGUCCAAUGCACAUUCUUCAAACAAAUCAACAUUACUGCGUCAUCGAACCAUCAGUAUGGCUAGUAGUGAGAGUGAAUCACUGUCACCCGGCUGGGACACAAUAAGACUUUCAAAUUUCUUUGGAACACUGCCCCGAAAAUGUAGGCGGGGCAGUGUUAGAAAAAACUUUCUGAAAUUUAUUCCUGGUUUGCACCGAUCAGUGGAGGAAGAGGGAAGCCCAGUAUGAUAUAUUUGUCUAUUUAAUGACCUUUCACAGCAUUAAUGAGACUUGUAGACAAAGGAAAAUUACAAUCUCGUAGUCCAUAUUUUUGAACAUGGCAAAAGCUGCUGAUGAGGUGUUAACAAUGUUUACACACUCACAGUUUCACCAUUCCAAAACUUUUCAAAACCACUUUACCAUUAUCGAACCAGUGAAAAAGGAACCCCGUAUUGUACAUCACGCACUGUGAAGAUCUCAAUCCUGCUGAAGGAGUUAUCAACACUUUCAUUGGACGAUUCAAAACUUAGCGAUUCAAC